CCUAGUCAGGGGGGAUCCUGCCCGUUAUAAUACUCAUUAAUUUGUCUCACAUCACAAAACAUACGUUUAUAUUAUCUCUUUAUAGAAGGGACUGUUUCUACUAUACAUUUUCUGAACAUGCUGUAAAUUAUGAAGCUGGUGGAGCACAAAGGGAACUUCGAUUGCAUCCACUUCUGUGAUUAGAAUUUCUCUCAACAUCACCUCCAUUUUGGUUCUGCUCAGAACUGUUGUUCAUCUACCAAAGCUGGAGUGGAGCACAAACGUUUCUCUUGCAUUUCGGGAGGCUGCAAUGUUUGACAGUGAUGACGACAGCCCUCAGCUCUCUGCACAGGCUCUGGCUGCUCUGCAAGAGUUUUAUUUGGAGCAGCAGCAAAAAGAGACCUCAGUGGUUGACAAGUUUUCUGUUGGGGCCAUUGAGGAGGACUGGCAACUGAGCCAGUUUUGGUAUAGUAAAGAAACGGCAGAGAGGCUGGCAAAAGAAGUAAUCUCUGCAGCUGGAAAGGGUGGCAAAAUUGCCUGCAUUAGUGCUCCAAGCAUCUAUCAGAAAUUGAAGGAGUUGCAGAAUGAGGAUUUUUCUGCAUUUGUGCUGGAGUACGACAGACGAUUUUCAGUGUAUGGAGAUGAAUUUGUGUUCUAUGACUAUAAAAAUCCUCUCAAUUUGCCGGAGCACUUUGAACCGAACAGUUUUGACAUUGUUAUCGCUGAUCCGCCCUACCUCUCUGAAGAGUGUCUUAGCAAAACAGCACAGACUGUCAAAUUCCUUACCAAGGGAAAGAUCCUGUUAUGUACAGGUGCUGUCAUGGAAGAGCAGGCAGCAAAACUCCUUGGUUUAAGGGUGUGCAAGUUUAUCCCGAAACACAAUAGAAGCCUGGCCAACGAAUUCAGGUGCUACGUCAAUUAUGAAUCCAGUCUAGACUCCUGACUUAAGCUCUCCUAACUUUUAAUUGUCUGUCAUUAAAUGGAUGUAUUCCAAACACAAUUUGGGGACAGAUUUAUUAAGUUCCAGUGCAAAGUUUGCUCAUUAUGGAAUAUAUAAUGUUUUACCAAUAAUGUCAUAUAUCAGAAAUUGAAAGUUAUGAGUCCCCAUUUUAUUGUUUUUGUUUAUUUGUACAUCACUCAAGAAGCAUGCAUUUUAAAUGGUAAAAAUGCAUCUCUAAAUUGAGAAAUGUCUGCUACGUCAUAGCAGGCAUCUCUGUUAUAAGAUAGUCAAUGACAGCCUUCCGGAACAAGAAUAUUGCAUAAGGACUAUUCCUAAUUUGAUAAAUGUACCCGAUCUCCACAGAUCUGGUACCUCAGAAAUAUUUUCUUUAAAUUUUAACUGUCAAAAGUAAUUAAAGUUUAAAAAAAAAAAGGUUGUUGGAGUGGUGUUGUACGGCUGCUAGAAAGGUUGCGAACCGCUGCGAUUUAACUGUGAGCAGUGGCUCUUUUCCAUUUGUCUCUUGUAUGACACAUAUACUGCUUCCUAAACUUUUAACAUCAUAAAAUAAAUCUUUAGUUAAAUAGCCCAAAAUAUAAUUUGAGAGGAAAAUGUGUUGAGGAAUUUCUCUUCAUUCCCACUUGGUGGCAGUGUUUUCAAGAUAUGUAAUAAAAGAACAUAUCAAGGUGUCUGAAUUCAGGGACCUUUGGAUAAAUCAAAUACAAUCCUAUUAUGUAAAUAAUAAAUAUUGGGCCAGUGCAUUUACCUUUUGGAUUUUAUAUAUUCUUAAUGGAUUAUUUUGAAAUAUUUUAAAAAAACACUUUUUUAGUCAUUAAUGUGCAUUUUAUUCAAAUGAAUAAUGCAAGUCAACAGAAAAGAUGUGUAAGCUUCACAUACAGUAAUAAACAACAUUUAUAUA